GUUCCUAUGUUAGCUGAAUAUGUCUAUUGAAUUGUUAAUUGUUUAGAUGAAUAACUGUAUAGUAAUUUAGUUUAUUGAUUUUAGAAGAUAUGAUGAUAAUCAUUAUCAUUCAAUUCAAUUUUAUUAUAAAAUCAAACUCUUUAAUUAGUUUUGAUACUUUCAUGUGCCAUUCUCUUUUUAACCUUUUCAAGUGGUCAACACUAAAACAAACUUUUUUGUGGGGCUUGAAAUUGAUUGUCAAAUAGUUAUAGUACUUUAUAUGUUCUGAUAUUUUCUCAAUUAUUGUGUCUGUGUGGAUAACAAUCUGAAGCAGAAAAUGAUUUAUUAAUUAUUUAUCAUAUACAAAAAUGAUUUACUAACAUUUUUCAACCCUGCUUCUGCACAGAUUUUUUCUGAUCCAAGAUAAUAGUUUUUCUCUAUCAUGGCGAGAAAAUCUCCCCCUCUGGUUAACCAAAAAUGUGACAUAGGAUGCUCCUCGCAAAUGUUUCGAAUCUUUAAUUUUGGUGAAAGCCAUUCUGAUGGAAGAUUUGUUUCCAAUAGUAAGCAUUUCAAUAAAAAAGCCAGUGGAAGUGGAAAGUCAAGAAUUAGUUCAGAUGUACUCACCACAGUUGAUGAAAAGUACCCUCAUGUUGAUGUAAGUUCCAGAAGAAGAAGUUAUAGUUGUAAGAGUAUCUGUAUGGAGAAUGAUCCUAAAAUAGCAGAUUGGGAAAAUGAAGUAACAAAAAUGAUUGUUAAUCAGAGAUUUUUCAACAAAAACUGUCAAGGCAAAGAUGGUGUAGACUGUGAGCCUAAUCAAUUUUUGGAUGCUGUACAGAUUUUAUAUUCAAACAAGGAACUUUUUGUAAAACUUCUUCAAGAUCCAAACUCUCUGUUGGUAAAACAGAUUCAUGACUUACAUAGUUCUCAACAGAAAGCAGGACAAACUGGAAAUACUAGAUUGAAUAAAGCUCAAAACAGUAGUGCUAGACAGCAUAUAAAACAUUUUAAGGACUUUGAUGGGUAUAAUAUGAGUUCAAAUAGUGAGUCUCAAUCCUCUAAAAGAAUAGUAGUUUUGAAGCCUGGCACAAAUAGUGUGAAAAAAUUUGCUGACACUAGCUCUAGCUGUCCACAGCCUCAUUCUUCUAAUAGCUUUAGCUACAAUGCUCAAAAUAAUAAGCCUUCACAUUUUUCAUUGGGUAGUAUAAAGAGAAAGUUGAGACAUGUUAUGAGAGUAAGGAGAAUUGAUUCAGUGCCAAGUGAAUUUCACUGCGGUUCCGAGGACUUUGAAGAUGGUAAAAAUGUGAAAGAAUUGGACAUUUCUGAAAGAGAUUUAUCUAUUAACGUGCAUGUUAGUACGGGAAAAAGUUUGAAGGCUUUCAAGUUGAAGGAUUCUGAAUUAAGUGUGAGACAGGAAGCUGCUUCAUUUGAGGAAAGUUGUUCUUCUGCUCAGAAAAUCAAGGAACCACCAGUGGCCACUUUUCUUGAUGAAUUGCAGGUUUUUUGUGCUGCAGAUAUUAGUCUCAAUAAGAGUCAUCCUGGCGAAAAUUUGCAGGAACAUUAUGAUAUUCCUAAAGACCUUAUAAGAUCCUCUUUGUAUCCAAUGAACAAGUUACUCUCCUCAAAGGACAUCAUAAGGGAAGUUCUGCAUGGUUUCAGCUUGAAAUGUGAUGAUGAACUUAUGAGGAGCCAUUUAUCAAACCUAUUGAUGGAUUCAUCCACUUUUGAAGGACUGAAUGGAUUAACUAGCCAACUUUCUGAAAGUACAACCUUGAAUGAUUGCAUCAUUGAAUGUUUCAUGGAGUUAUCAACAAAUCCAAACUUCCAAGCUUGUGUUGUGAGGAAAGUUUUGGUUAGAGAGAUUCAUGAACUAAUUAGCCUGCACUUUUCCCCUCAUCCAUCAUCAAUAACGUUACUGCAGCUUGUUGAAAAGGACUUCGCAAGACGUGGAUCAUGGUUGAAUAUACAAGUUGAUAUAGAAGAGAUUGUAAAGGAGGUGGAGAAAGAUGUUUUGGAAAAACUUGUUCUGGAAAUUGUAGAUGAGAUUGAUAUCAGAUAUGUGAUACAAUGCAAUGAAACUAUGUCUAGAUCAUAAAUUAUACUAUUUAUUGUAUAUGUGAAUUAUGAAUCAUAAAAACUUGUCUGAAUCAUAAAUUUGGCCACAGGGUAGUAUGUUAAAGAUGGUUUACAAAGAUAUGGAAAGAAUGCUUACAAAUUUCA